AUGACGCCGUGCACCAUAUCCGAACCCGAAUCUGUUAAUAGACGAACAGUAAAACUAACAGUCAUAGCAGCAGAUGGCUUAUACAAAAGAGACGUGUUUCGAUUACCCGAUCCCUUUGCUGUAGUGACCGUAGACGGAGAACAAACGCAGACUACCAGUGUCACAAAAAAAACUCUUAAUCCAUAUUGGAACGAAAGCUUUGAUGUUCAAGUUACAAACCAAAGCGUGAUCGCUGUACAAGUAUUUGAUCAGAGAAAAUUCAAAAAGAAGGAUCAAGGCUUCCUUGGUGUCAUUAAUGUGCAGGUUGGGGAUGUAAUGGAUGUGAAUGCUGGAGGAGACGAAAUGUUAACGCGUGACCUAAAAAAAUCAAAUGCUCAUGAAGUAGUACAUGGAAAACUUAUUAUCCACAUAUCCACAAAUUCCAAUGCAACCACUGCACAAAUCGGCAUACCUGGUAACAAUCUUCAACCGCCCAACCAUAUACGCAAUCCAUCUACAUCAUCUUCAGCAGCUCCAGCAUCAAAUCGUUUAAACAAUGCACAACCUAAUGUGAACAACAAUUUGCAUCAUCAAAUGGGUCCCUCGUUGACACCACCAACUAAUACAGACUCGAGCAGAAUACUGAGUUCGUCAGCACCGAGACCAACUGCCCCGGUUACUGUGAAUGGCGGUAAUUCGGGAAGCAGUGGUGGAACUUCAGCUGCUGCAUCUUCCGCAAAUCCAGGGCGGACGUUCGGUGCGUUUGAAGAUCACUUUGGACCAUUGCCUCCUGGCUGGGAACGCCGUGUUGAUCAUCUCGGUCGUACAUAUUAUGUCGACCACAAUUCCCGAACAACUACUUGGACCCGCCCGUCGUUGAACUCUUCUGCCACCCAACGCCUUCAAGAACAACAAAACCUUACCGAGCUUGAACGACGAAGACACAAUAACAGAACCUUACCUGAAGAAAGACCGUCAGGGUCAAGUUCACCAAUGCCCGGAUCAGCAGCGACUACGUUGACAGAUACUGCAGGACCGAGCAUGUCGAAUGGAAACGUUGUAACAGUAGUUGCAAAUGCGACCGCUGCUGGUUAUGGGCCAUUGCCUUCUGGGUGGGAACAACGCACAACGCCCGAAGGCCGCCCUUAUUUUGUUGAUCACAACACACGCACUACCACUUGGGUAGAUCCACGGCGACAACAACAAAUUCGUAUGUAUGGCGGACAGAACAACAACAAUGUCACGAUUCAACAACCUGUUUCGCACCUUGGGCCACUACCUUCUGGCUGGGAAAUGAGGCUUACGAGUACAGCACGCGUGUACUUUGUUGAUCAUAACACAAAGACAACAACGUGGGAUGAUCCGAGAUUACCAAGCAGUUUAGAUCAAAAUGUACCCCAAUAUAAGCGAGAUUUCCGCAGAAAACUAAUCUACUUCCGCUCUCAGCCGGCUCUUCGUCCUGCCCCGGGUCAAUGUCAUAUAAAAGUACGACGUAACCAUAUCUUUGAAGAUGCAUAUUCAGAAAUCAUGCGACAAAAACCAGAGGAUUUAAAAAAGAGGUUGAUGAUAAAGUUCGAUGGUGAAGAUGGUUUGGAUUAUGGCGGUUUAUCCAGAGAAUUCUUCUUCCUUUUAUCACACGAAAUGUUCAACCCCUUCUAUUGCUUGUUUGAAUAUUCGGCACAUGACAAUUAUACACUGCAAAUCAACCCGCACUCUGGAAUUAAUCCGGAGCAUUUGAACUAUUUCAAAUUCAUCGGCCGUGUAGUUGGUCUUGCGAUAUUUCACCGAAGGUUCUUGGAUGCAUUCUUCAUUACAUCAUUUUAUAAGAUGAUUUUGAAGAAGAAAGUUGGAUUGCAAGAUAUGGAGAGUGUAGAUGCAGAUUUUUACAGGAGUCUGACCUGGACUUUGGAGAACGAUAUCACCGACGUCCUUGAUUUGACGUUUUCAACCGAAGAUGAACGUUUCGGUGAAGUUGUCACGGUUGAUCUAAAGCCAGAUGGACGUAAUAUUCCUGUAAAUGAAGAAAACAAGAAAGAAUAUGUAGAGCUUAUUAAUGAAUGGCGAAUUUCUAAACGAGUAGAAGAACAAUUUAAAGCCUUCUUAGAAGGUUUUAACCAACUCAUACCACAAGAUUUAAUAUCCGUAUUCGACGAGCGCGAGUUAGAGUUGCUCAUUGGUGGAAUUGCCGAGAUCGAUGUAGAUGAUUGGAAGAAGCACACAGACUACCGAGGGUACACGGAAUCAGAUGAAGUCAUACAAUGGUUCUGGAAGUGUGUCAAAACAUGGGAUUCUGAAAAGAAGUCUCGUCUAUUACAGUUCACCACAGGCACAUCCCGUAUUCCAGUCAAUGGAUUCAAAGAUUUACAAGGUAGCGAUGGGCCAAGGAGGUUUACAAUCGAAAAGGCAGGAGAUCUUACGCAGUUGCCCAAGAGUCAUACCUGUUUUAACCGCAUUGACUUACCUCCAUAUAAGAACUAUGAGACACUGGUGUCUAAAUUAACAUUAGCAGUAGAAGAAACUGUAGGGUUCGGUCAAGAGUAA